AUGGUGAAUUUCACGGUAGACGAGAUCAGGACGAUGAUGGACAAGAAGCGGAAUAUCCGCAACAUGUCCGUCAUCGCCCACGUAGACCACGGCAAGUCCACGUUGACCGAUUCGCUCGUCUCCAAAGCCGGUAUUAUCGCUAACGCCAGAGCCGGCGAAACACGUUUCACCGACACCCGGAAGGAUGAACAAGACAGAUGUAUUACCAUCAAAUCCACUGCCAUCUCUAUGUUCUUUGAACUUGAAGAGAAAGACUUGGUUUUCAUUACAAAUCCUGAUCAGCGUGAGAAGAGUGAGAAGGGCUUCUUAAUCAACCUCAUUGACUCACCUGGUCACGUUGACUUCUCUUCUGAAGUGACAGCUGCUCUCCGUGUAACUGAUGGUGCUCUGGUGGUUGUGGACUGUGUCUCAGGUGUGUGUGUACAAACCGAGACAGUGCUGCGCCAAGCUAUUGCAGAGCGUAUAAAGCCUAUUCUGUUCAUGAACAAAAUGGACCGUGCCCUACUAGAGCUUCAACUUGAGUCUGAAGAACUGUACCAGACAUUCCAGCGUAUUGUUGAAAAUGUUAACGUUAUCAUUGCUACUUAUAAUGACGAUGGUGGUCCAAUGGGUGAGGUGCGCGUUGACCCAAGUAAGGGUUCUGUGGGUUUCGGUUCCGGCCUCCAUGGCUGGGCUUUUACCCUGAAGCAGUUUGCCGAGAUGUAUGCUGACAAGUUCAAGAUUGACCUUGUCAAGCUUAUGAACAGGCUAUGGGGAGAAAACUUCUUCAAUGCCAAUACUAAGAAGUGGUCCAAACAGAAGGAUGCUGAUAACAAACGUUCAUUCUGCAUGUACGUACUGGACCCAAUUUACAAGGUGUUCGACGCCAUCAUGAACUUCCGCAAGGAGGAGAUUGACGGUCUCAUCAAGAAACUUGGUGUCACCAUCAAACAUGAGGAUGCUGAUAAGGAUGGAAAGGCUCUGCUUAAGGUUGUUAUGAGAAGUUGGUUGCCAGCUGGUGAAGCUCUUCUUCAGAUGAUUGCAAUUCACUUGCCCUCACCUGUGGUGGCCCAAAAGUACCGUAUGGAAAUGCUCUACGAAGGUCCUCAGGAUGAUGAGGCCGCCAUUGGUAUCAAGAACUGUGACCCAGAAGCACCACUCAUGAUGUAUGUGAGCAAGAUGGUGCCUACCUCUGACAAGGGUCGUUUCUACGCAUUCGGUCGUGUAUUCUCUGGAAAAGUUGUCACCGGACAAAAGGGCCGAAUCAUGGGACCGAACUACCAACCUGGCAAGAAAGAGGAUCUGUAUGAGAAGACCAUCCAGCGUACUAUCCUCAUGAUGGGACGUUACGUAGAAGCCAUCGAAGAUGUACCUUGCGGUAACAUUUGCGGUCUGGUUGGUGUUGACCAGUUCUUGGUGAAGACCGGAACAAUCACGACCUUCAAGAACGCGCAUAACAUGAAGGUCAUGAAAUUCAGUGUAUCGCCUGUUGUGCGUGUUGCUGUCGAGCCCAAGAACCCUGCCGAUCUACCGAAAUUGGUUGAAGGUCUGAAGCGUUUGGCCAAAUCCGAUCCUAUGGUACAAUGUAUUAGUGAAGAGUCUGGCGAGUACAUCGUUGCCGGUGCAGGAGAGUUGCAUCUUGAAAUUUGUCUUAAGGAUUUGGAAGAAGACCAUGCCUGCAUUCCCAUCAAAAAGUCCGACCCAGUGGUGUCGUACCGUGAAACCGUUAACGAGGAGUCUGACCAAAUGUGUCUAUCCAAAUCGCCCAACAAGCACAACCGUUUGUUCAUGAAGGCUCAGCCUAUGCCUGAUGGUCUGCCUGAAGAUAUUGAUGAGGGCCGCGUUAACCCACGUGACGACUUUAAGACUCGUGCCCGUUACCUUGGUGAGAAAUACCAAUAUGACGUCACCGAGGCCCGUAAGAUCUGGUGCUUCGGUCCUGAAGACACUGGCCCCAACAUUCUUGUAGACUGCUCUAAGGGAGUGCAGUACCUUAAUGAAAUCAAGGACUCUGUGGUCGCUGGUUUCCAAUGGGCCACUAAAGAAGGUGUCAUGGCUGAAGAGAACUUAAGAGGUGUCCGUUUCAACAUCUAUGAUGUAACCCUGCACACUGAUGCCAUCCACAGAGGUGGUGGCCAAAUCAUUCCAACAACUAGGAGAUGUCUAUAUGCGUGUUUACUAACUGCCAAGCCCAGAAUUAUGGAGCCUGUCUACCUUUGCGAGAUUCAGUGCCCCGAGGUGGCCGUCGGUGGCAUCUACGGCGUGCUGAACAGACGCCGUGGCCACGUGUUCGAGGAGUCGCAGGUGGCCGGCACCCCCAUGUUCGUGGUGAAGGCGUACCUGCCCGUCAACGAGUCGUUCGGCUUCACCGCCGACCUCCGCUCCAACACCGGCGGGCAGGCCUUCCCGCAGUGCGUCUUCGACCACUGGCAGGUCCUGCCCGGAGACCCGUGCGAGCCCGGCAGCAAACCCUACGUGGUUGUCCAGGACACAAGGAAAAGAAAAGGACUGAAGGAGGGUCUUCCCGAUUUGACUCAAUAUCUGGACAAGUUUUCCUGUGGUCAACCCUACAUCCUUGAAGAUAUUUCAACAUUCUACAAUGUUUCGUCAAUAAAAUAUGUUUUUGAGAACAUAGGAAGCAUAUAUAAUCUGGGAAGAAGACAU